AUGGAUUCAUAUAAAAGUUAUGAUUUUUCAAAUUCUGAAAAUGAUAAAGAAUAUUUAGAAAAUUUAACUUAUUUAUUUGACAAAGAUGUUAUAUUAUUAAAUACAUUUAUUUAUACAUACUUAAUAAAUUAUUUUCAAAAAAUAGAAAUUUUUUUAAAUUCGGAUAAAGUUAAAGAUCCUUUUAUUAAUGAUUUACAAUAUAAAAUUGGAAAAUUGUAUGAAAAUUUUAAAAAUAAAAAUAAUAAUGAAUAUUCUAAAAAUUAUUUAAAAACAGAUGUAGAAAAUCAAAUUAAUACAAUAAAAAAUAAUAGCAUAGAAAAGGAUACUAAUAUUACUUAUAUUAAUAAAAAUGAUAUAAAUAAUAGACAUAGUAAAAGUUUUAUAAAAAAUGAUGAAAUAAAUAUGAUUUUUGAAAAUGUUGAUAAUAUACUUUUUCAUACAUUACUACUUGUAAGCACAAAUGAUGAAAAUAUGGAAUAUUCCCAUAAUUUAGUAAAAUUAAAAAUAGAAAUUUGUUUUAAAAAUCUCGUUGUUAAUAUAUAUUCCUUUGAAUGCAUUUUAAUUAAUAAAAAAUGGAAUUAUGAUCUAGAUACAGUUAUUACUAAUGAAAAGUAUGAUAAAAUAACUGAUAUAAAUAAAUUAGAAAUUAAUUUUAAAAAAAAUAGUUCAGAUGAAAAAAAAAAUACAAUAUUAAAUCAUUUAGUUAACAAUAUAAAUUUGCAUUCAUUAAAUAAAGAAAAAGCUUUUGAAAAUGGGCUACAAUAUAUUUAUAAUGAAUUAUUUCAUUUAAAAAUAUUAACAUAUUAUGACAACAUUUAUGAUAUAAUUAAUGGAAUAAAUGAUUUUUUUUACUUUUUAUAUGAACCUGAUUUUUAUAACUUUUCUAUUCAAAAAGUAAACAAAAUAUGCUACAAAAAGUUAUAUGAUCAAUAUAAUAAUAUUAUGAUAAAAUCUAAGACUAUUAAAUUAAAUAAGGAAAUGAUUGCUUAUUUAUUAAGUGAUUAUAUAUUUCUACCAAAUUAUGUAAAAAGAAAUAAAAUUAAAAACAUUGAUGAAUAUUUAUAUUCUUCUUUUUCUUCUUAUUCCAACAGUUCAUCAUCAAUUAAAAGUCACAAAAACAAAAAUAUUCCAUCGAAAAAAAAAAAUGCAAUAAACAAAAAUGAAGUAGAUAAUAAAAAAGAUGAAGCUUAUAUUAUUGAUACGAAGAAUGAAGAAGAACGAAAUAUGAACGAAAUAAAUAAGGAGUUAAAAAAAAAUGAAGAUGAAAUAACUUCAUCUUGUAAAGAAAUAUCAUAUGAUGAAUCUAGUGAGAAUUCUAAUUUAAGCAACAAAAAAGAAAAAAAAGAAAAAGAAAAAGGAAAAAAAAAUAUGAACGAUUUAUUUUAUAAUAAAAAUUUUCGCAAUAUACUAGAAAAAAUUAAAAAAAAAAUAGAAGAAUUAAAUAAUAACGUUUUUUUAAGGGUAAAUCAUAAAAAUCUAAGAUCAGGUUCUUUUGUAAAUAAUAACAGUUUGGAAAUAAAAACAUUAUAUGAUGCAUUAUUAGUAUUAAAAAGUUCUACUAGCAUUUAUAAAAUAUUAAAAGAAAAUAAAAAUAAAGAUAAUUACUUAAUUUUAUCCAAAUAUGUAAAUAUUAAUAUUUGUUUUUUAUUUGAAGUAUAUGUUUUUAAUAAAGAAAUAAUAGCUGUAUCACAAAAAUAUUUGAAUUAUUAUUUUGAUUUUCUUAAAGAAGCAGAUAGUAUAAUUGAUACAAUAAAUCUUAUAAAAGUUUUUUAUGAAAAAAAUUUAAAAAAUUCAUUCCCAUCUAAUGAUUAUAUAUUUCAAUUAUAUAUACAUACUUUUAAAAAAACACAAAAAAAAAAAAUUCUUUUAAUAAAUGCAAAAAAUUGGUUAUAUAAAAAUAAACAUCCUAUAUUUACAAAUACUUUUUUAAAGAGUUAUAUUUACACUGGAAAUAAAGGAGUAGAAAUAAAAGAUGAAAAUUAUAACUGUAAAAAUAUAUAUAAAUUUAUUUUUAACACUUCGUGUUUAAAUACAAAAGAAACAGAAAAAAAGGAGGAAUGUGAUAAUAAAAACAAUAUAAAUGUAGAUAUUUUUGACUUUUAUUUAUAUGAUAAUAUAUUAUAUUACUGUAUUUUAAAAGAUGAUUCUAUUUAUAAAAAAAAUUCUAAUAUCUAUCCAAAGGAUUUAAAUUAUAUCAAAGAAGGAGAAAUUGAUAUAGAUAAUUUGAUUGAUACUAUGAAAAAGGAAAAUAACAUUCAAUAA